CGCCCGUUCGUGUUGUCGCUAUGCAACCGGGCUCCAUUCCGGCUCCGGCCUGAGGCUCCGCGCUGGCUGCCGAGCCGCGAAGCUGGGAGCCGGAAUGGAAGACGAAGGAGGCCGGUUUCCCUCUUCGAGCCGCCGAAGACACCGCGCUCUGAUCCGCUCCUGGAGAAGCUGGGAGGCGUGAUUCUGAUUAAGGGGGACGGGGAUGUGAUGAACUGAGAAGAACGUCGAUUUCAUCGCUUCUCUGAUCAGCGCCGCGCAGGAUGGCGACGGACUGCAGCCAGGAGUCCCUGCUGGAGUUCCUAACUGGGAAAGGUGGGCGUGUGAGGAGUGAGGAGCUGAUGGACCAUUUCAAAGAGUUUGUGGCUGGAGAAACGGACAGUGCCGUGGCACAGGGGUCCUUCAGACGGUUUGUGGACAACGUUGCUGAUGUGAAGCAGGAGAGUGGGGAGAAGGUGGUGUGCUUGAAGAAGAAGUACAGGAGGACGAGGGAUGGCAGCAGCGCUCCGACAGGAGCCUCACAUGACCCUAACUCCAAACAAGGUGUGCCGUCUCCUGGGAAGGGGGAGAUCGAUGGAAACGAGAAGCUUGGUCAGAAAUCUGACAUGGGGCACAGGAUGCUCGAGGGUGAGGAAAGGGGCAUGGAUGUGGACGUCUGCCUGUCGGACGUUGCGCUGGUCGAAGCAAGCGCCUCGGACGGCGGCCGUGGCUUUGGGCAGAAGGCGGAAGGCCCUGCAAAGGAGAGCCGUGAAAUUGAGGUCACCACUUCUGUAAAAUUGGCCGGCGACGCGGAUCGUGAGGCAGGGGCUUGCGGAGGAGGCCUCGCGGCGCAGCUGGUGGGCCGACGGAGAACCUCUCGGGGUUCGCAGCGCAGCCUCCUGGCCAUCGCGGACGAAGUGGACGCCGUAGGCACCUCGGGCGUGGAGGUGGGCACGCCAAGAAGCAGUCGAAGGAGCUUCGUAGAGCUGAUGAUGAGCAGCUCCCCGCAGGUGCGCCGCAGCCUGGUGCGCAGGAGCUCGCAAGGCCAGAUGGCGGCCAAACGGCGGGAUUCCCUGAAAAGCGAAGGGGAUUCUGGCUCGGUGGAGGAGGACUGCGCCUCGGUGACUCUAGACCCACUAGAGCAUGAGUGGAUGAUGUGCGCCAGCGACGGGGAAUGGGACAGCCUUCAGCGGCUGCUGGUUUGCGACCCAGGUCUCGUCACCAAGAAAGACUUUGUGACUGGCUUCACUUGCCUGCACUGGGCGGCCAAGCAGGGCAAGCAUGAGUUGCUUGCGUUGCUGAUCACCUUCGCCCAGCAGCACUCUGUGGCGGUCAACGUGAACGGCCGCUCCAGCGCCGGGUACACGCCUCUCCACCUGGCGGCAAUGCACAACCACGUGGAGGUCAUGAAGCUGCUGGUGGGAGCUUAUGAUGCGGACCUAGAGGCGAGGGACUACAGUGGGAAGAAGCCUUCCCAGUACCUCGACCCCGCAGUCGCAGGGGACAUCCGAGACAUCGUAGGCGCUUGCGGGGAUUUGGACGCAGAAAAGCCCAAGUUGCUGGCCAAGCCCAAGUCGCUGUACCGCAAGGCUUCCAUCGGCAGGAUCAAGCUGAACCGAGGCAGGGUCAGGGCCCAGAUUGUUCACAGCACCUCGUUCAGAGAGACUGAGGAAGGGGACGGGUCCCUGAAGAGCCCUCUCAAGUCCAGACCCGUGUCCAACCUCUUUGGCUAGGGCGAGGAUGGUGUAAUGCCUUUCCCAAAAUUGCGCCCGGAGAAAAUUCCGCUUUUACCUCUUAGGCACUGACAGUGUAGCAUUGUUUCACCACCAGAAUCAUUCACAUGGCUCUAAUCUGCCUGUGCGCUAAUAGGCUUAGACUCGGAUACGCCCGUACAUCCCUGCACUUAGGGCUUUUAACAGGUACGAAUGAAUGAGUCGUUAAUUAGGUCAAGCCCUGCGAACAUGGGACCCACCGGAAUCUGAUCACUUUAGCUCUUCGCUGCUGGACCAGUGCACUUGGCACUUUGAUAUUAUGUAGGAACUGAAAUUACUGCAUAAUUAAAUGGUUGAGAUGCAAACAAAGUCAUUCAGAGUGGUUUGGGGUGAAAUGCUCUGUUCUAGAGUCAGAGCUGUUUACAGUGGUGAUGAUGGGAACCAGACGUCCGAAGAGGUUCAUGAGUUAUAAAAUACGUUUGUAAAGUUGGUGGUUUUGAGGUUUUGGUCUCAAAUAUGUUCAUUCAUUCACCUUCUAAGCUGCUUAUCCUCCUGGUUUGCAGAUGGUGCUGGAGCCUGUCCCGGUGGUCCUUGGGCGGAAGGCAGGAUACGAGCUGUUCAGGCCUCCAGUCCAUUGCAGGGCUAUGCAGGGAGUCGUGAAGCAAAAUAAUCCCCAAACAAAACACACUGGCUAUGUUUGUGUUGUAGUCAUGGCGACCCCUGGUUCCUAUCGUCACCACUGUAAAGAGAUCCGAGUCGCUGAGGUUCUCUACAACGAACCGCUUCACAUCAAACCAGUCGGAAUGACCUGGUUUACAUCUCAACCGUUUGAUUGUGCAGAUCUUUGGAGAUGCUCCUCUCAGAGAUGCUGUGAAGUCACUUUAUGAGCCAAUGCAUAACGACCUCAGACCUAUUAACAGGCUUAAUUAGUAUGUUGUAUAUAGAUGUACAUUUCCCAAACCUGCACUCUUAAAAUAGAUGGUUCUUCAAGGGUUCUUCAGUAAAGUUAGCGGUUCUGCAUAGAACCGUGAACACUCAAAGAAGAAGGGUUCUCGACAUCGUGAAUGGGUUCUUCAGAUUGAUGGAGAAUGUGCUGUGGAUGGUUCUGUAUUCCCUUGGAAUUGUAAGGUUCUGUCUGCGUUCUUUUUGAAAAAGGUUCUAUAUAGCGCCCAAAAGGGUUCUUCUCUUGAUACGAUGGCAGGCUUCACUAUUAAAAAUGAUGGUUCUUUUGUAUAGAAAAUGGUUUUAUAUAGAACCAUUAACAUUCAAAGAACCCUGUGCAUGAUUUAAGGGUUCCUUGCAUCAUGAACGGGUUCUUCAGAUUAAUGCAGAAUGUGUUCAAGAACACUUGAAGCAGCGUCUUGUGUUGAAUGUUGUUACAAUAAAAGAACCUUUUUUGGUGCUAUGUGGAACCCUUUUAAAAAGGUUCUAUGUAGAACCAUUUUCUUCACUAAAGAACCGUCAUUUUUAAGCAUGUAGUUUAAGCCUAAACAGGGUUUUCAGAGGAAAAUGACUGGCAUUCCGGUUUAGUUUGAGACUAGGCUUAAUCCCUGUGCAGGAAGCAGGCCGGAGCUGUUCUCCAGAGGAUUAUAGUGGUCACUUAUUGUGCAUGACGCCUGUUUUAAACGUUCUUCUGUUCUGCUUCGCUCCUUGCAUGGAACCGUCUUGGACAGUCUGGACAUGACGUUGGAACGAGGUGCCUUUCCAUCUUUUGACUGAUCAGAUGUCGCUGUACUUGUGGCUUUAGAUGUGUCAGUAGAUACAUCGUCCCCUUGGAAUUAUGCGGUUCUGUUCUGUCUUGAGAUUAAUGCAGAAUGUGCUCUGGAUGGUUCUGUAUAGCACCCAGAAGGGUUCUUCUCUUGAUACAAUGUCAGGUUUCACUCUUAAAAAUGAUGGAGCUUAAAGGGUUCUUUAGUAAAAAAAUGGUUCUAUAUAAAACAAUGAACACUCAAAGAGCCCUUUGUAUGAUUAAA